AAGGUGGAUCCCAGGCAGAGGAAGUGAGACUGAUACAUUGUAACAGAGGUAGAGAGAGACCUGACCCAGCGAUAGGUAGGGACCCUGAGAGAGGGAGAGAGACACCCUGAGAGAGGGAGAGACAGCCUGAGAUAGAGACUGAGAUAGAGAGAGGUAGAGACUGGGACACAGAUAGAGACAGCCUGGGAGAGAGUGACAUUGGGGCACAGAGAGACAGCUGCAGGCAGGUUGGGGUGCCCGGGACACAGAGAGACAGCUGCAGGCAGGUUGGGGUGCCCGGGACACAGAGAGACAGCUGCAGGCAGGUUGGAGUGCCCGGGACACAGAGAGACAGCUGCAGGCAGGUUGGGGUGCCCGGGACACAGAGAGACAGCUGCAGGCAGGUUGGGGUGCCCGGGACACAGAGAGACAGCUGCAGGCAGGUUGGGGUGCCCGGGACACAGAGAGACAGCUGCAGGCAGGUUGGGGUGCCCGGGACACAGAGAGACAGCUGCAGGCAGGUUGGGGUGCCCGGGACACAGAGAGACAGCUGCAGGCAGGUUGGGGUGCCCGGGACACAGGCAGAGUUGGGGGGUCCCUGGCUGCUAUGCUGCACACCUAGGUGAGGGGAGCAGAGGGAGAGUCCGGGUGGGGAGGGGGAAGCGGUGAGAGGUAAGGGGAGACAUUCCUGCCUGCAGGGGGCAGUAUCAGCGCCGCAGCAUGAGCGAAACGCCAGUAAUCACGGCCAGAGCCACGGUCAUGGUCUAUGAUGAUGCCAGUAAGAAGUGGAUCAAUGCCGGAACCGGUGCUGCUGGAUUCAGCCGGGUCCAGAUCUUCUAUAAUGCCGUGACGCAGGCCUACCGUGUGGUGGGGAGGAAGAUGCAGGAUCAGCAGGUUGUGAUCAAUUGCCCUCUGGUUAGAGGACUGAAGUACAAUCAGGCCACACAGAACUUCCACCAGUGGCGGGAUGCGCGGCAGGUGUGGGGGCUGAAUUUCAGCAGCAAGGAGGAGGCCGGCCAGUUUGCUGCAGGAAUGAUGCAGGCUCUUGAAGCCUUAGAGACCGGAGCCAGCUGGCCCCAGAAUGGACCCAAGGUGGAGGAGCAGGAACUGCAGCGGAGAGCCCCAGCAGAACCGGAGCAGAGUGUUCAGAGUCCAGUUGGGCCAGUUACCCCUGCACCAACCGGUCCCCCUGCUCCGCCAGGACCUCCGCCUGUUCCUGGGGGUGGUCCGCCAGCUCCUCCAAUGGGUGGUCCGCCAGCUCCUCCAAUGGGUGGUCCGCCAGCUCCUCCAAUGGGUGGUCCGCCAGCUCCUCCAAUGGGUGGUCCGCUAGCUCCUCCAAUGGGUGGGCCGCCAGCUCCUCCAGGAGGUGGCCCUCCCCCUCCUCCCCCUCUACCUUCUAGUGGUGGGGCUGGUGGUGGCAGCGGUGCAGGGGGACUGGCAGCUGCUCUUGCUGCUGCCAAACUAAAGAAAGUGUCAAAGGAUGAAUCUGGGGGAACCCCUCCGGCUAGUGGGGGGGCACCAAAGCCGGACGUCAGCCGCACAAGUGGAGGAGCAUCUACCGGGGGUGGAGGAGGAGGUGGCGGGCUGAUGGAGGAAAUGAACGCAAAGCUCGCACGCAGGAAGAAGAUAACGCAGCAGAGCGAGCGUCCAGCCCCCACCGCCACACAGGAUGAUAAUGACGUCCAGAGUGGGAGGAGUCAAGGCGACUCAGGACGUCGUCCGUGGGACAGAGGAAGCACCACGUUACCAAGAAUGAAGUCCACGGUCGGAAGCACGGAGGUGGCGCCCAGUGCGGCGGAUGAUUCCGACUCCAUGGAAAGGAUUAAACAGGAAUUACUGGACGAGAUGAGAAAAGAGUUACAAAAAGUCAAGGAAGAAAUUAUUGAAGCCUUUAUGCAGGAACUGCGCAGAUCUGGCACACCGUGAUUUCAGCGGUCACCUCCUCCUGUGAUGUCUCAGGCUCCAGCGACUGUGCAAUCAUUCCUCUGCUGUGCAGCGGUCCCACCAAUGAGAGGGCAGGGAGCUGCGGCCCCCCCCUCCUGCUAAUCUGUCCCCACUAAAAGCUUCUGUCCGACACGCGCUCACUGGCCUCACCCCUCCUCACAUGCCGCAGAGUCUCGGAGCGGGUCCGCAGAAGCGUCGAGCUUCCACCAAUAGGAUUUUCAAUGGGAUAAUUAACGGGUUAUUUUUUAAAUAUUAUUUUUUAAUCAUUUCAAUUUUGUACAAAAAUUCUCGGGUAGCAGAAUAAGUUGCUACAGAGCACGCGGUGGCGGGUACAUAGGACAUAGAGUAAUCGGGUCAGACACUGGAACGGCUAGAAGGGCCUCCGUCAGCACAUGUGGCGCGGGAAGGCGUGCAAGGGAUAAGGGCUUCUGGAUUAUUAUUUUAUGCCAAUAUAUAUAUAUAUAGAACUUUUUUUGUAACUUUUUUUAGAAAUAAAGACUUUGGCUAUUGGA